UAUUUCACAAAGUGUGACAGUCACAGCCAUAUACCGAGUGCAAGAGAAAGCCUGUGGGUGGGACAACAAGGUGGGUGUGGCUUUUUCAAAAGCAUCCUCACCAAUAAUCCUCUUUUGCUGAUCUGCUUCUAACUGUGACCAGUGUCUAGCCCCUCACCCAGCGAGCCAGCUGUGCUGUCUCUGAGGUCACUAGUUUGUGCAUCACCUUUGAGUCUAUCAGUCCUCUGGCUCCUUCACCAGUCCUAUCAACAGGACAACCGUCCAUCAGGAAUACUUACAGAGACUGCAACAAACAGGUUUAAUGGAAGGAGCAGAAUGCCCAGCCUUAGAGAGGCAGGGGUCAGUUUGAGGGGUUGAUGGGUACACCUGUUGUCUAAGCAUCUGUUGGAGCCAAGCCACACAUCACAUCCUCAUAUCUGGCCUGGAAACAAGAGUAGAAGAGGUCCGUAUGGGCUUUCUGAGGAGGUCUGACCCUGUAUAACUCAGAGGGAGUAUAUGGAAGACUAGAGGAUUGUAUAAAGGAUGUAUGAUAUUCUCAGUUAAUGCCAGGACAGGGGAGUAUAAUCAUUUGACGCUGGUGCAAAAUGAAUCCUAAGGCUCACCACACCAGUGAAGGAUGGGGUAGUUUACACCUGAUGAGACGCUCAUGAUGUCUGUUCUGGAAAUCUCAUUGUGAACUAUGGAGCACUCCAGUUCACCUCUGACCCCUAACCUCAAUGAUAUGAUAGCUAAUGAGAGCCGGGGCUGGGGUCUAGGGGCUCUCCUGCCUUCACCCCCCAGCAGACAGUUGGGCACCAUAGCCAAUACCCAGACCAGAUUCAAGGACCUGUCUGGCAUGCUUUUCAUGGUGACCCUGAAUGUGGUGGCACUCCUGGCUAACACAGCUGUGUUGGUGGUGGUGGUCAAGGCCCCACACCUCAGGAAGUUUGUCUUUGUGUGCCACCUGUGUGCUGUGGACCUGCUGUGUGCUGUUCUGCUCAUGCCCCUGGGCAUUGUGUCCAGCUCGCCGUUCUUUGCCAGCUUGGUUUUCACAGUUCUGGAGUGCCAGCUUUACAUUUUCCUCAACGUCUCCCUCAUUGCAGCCUCCAUCUUCACCAUCACCGCCAUCAGCGUGGAGCGCUACUAUUACAUCGUCCAUCCCAUGCGCUACGAGGUGAAGAUGACCCCGAAGCUGGCCUCAGCCGUCAUGGCCCUGGUCUGGGUGGCCUCGGCCCUCCUGGGCCUGGCCACUGUGUUGGGCUGGCCGAGCCACGGCAGCCUGGGCUCCGUCAGCGCCACCCUCUGCUCUCUCCGCUGGGGCCUGCGUGGGCACCGCCUGGCUUUCUCCAUCCUCUUCACGGUGUCCUGCUUCUGCCUGCCGGCCGCGGUCAUCUUCGCGGUGUACUGUAACGUCUAUAAAGUGGCUCGCGUGGCGGCCAGACGGCAUGGGCCGUUACCGUCCUGGUCGUCUAGUCAUCCUAAAAAUCGCUCCGACUCCGUCAGCAGCCAGACCACCAUCAUCACCACCCGCAACGCCCCGAGGAGACUGCACCACCACAGGCCCUUCGGUGGGGGUAAGGCGGCCCUGACCCUGGUGAUCAUUGUGGGCCAGUUCCUGAUUUGCUGGCUGCCUUACUUCGCCUUCCAUCUGCACCUGACUAUCAACAACCCGCCCGAGAUCCCUACGGAACUGGGGGAGACCAUCACCUGGCUGGCAUAUUCCUCCUUUGCUGUCAACCCUUUUUUUUACGGGCUGUUGAACCGCCAGAUAAGGGAGGAGCUGUGUAAACUUCGGCGCUGCUAUUCCGCCCGGCCAGUCGAGUUGGCCGUGUCAAGCGGCCACGAGGGCUCGGCCCAUGAGAACUUCCUGCAGUUCCUUCAGAGGACCAGCUGUACUGUGGAGACCAGAGCCAGCUUUGUGAGCACAUCAAGCCCCAGAAACACCCUGGACCAAACUGGUCAGCAGACAGUUGGCUUUAGAAUACCUGGUCAAAUACCUGAGGAGUUCACUUAAAACGCUUCGAAAUCCCAAACCUGUUUUGUCACGAGAUAAUAAACGUUGCAAUGGUUCCUCGUGCCAUUUAGGACACACAAAGCUUGUUCAUUAACGUCAUGCUACAUUUCGAGCCCAAAUGGUCUGACUGGGCUUCUAUGACUGAGGCCAACUGGGUGGAUUGAUUGACGGCAGUUAGCAUUCAUGAACCAUGUCGAGGACCGUUCUCAAACUAUACAUUUUUUUAUAACUGUAACCUUUAAGUGUUGCAGCUUUAGCUAGCUAACAACCAGGGACACACAGAUGAAUGUUAUAAUUGUUAUACUGUAUGUGUGGUAACUUUACCAGUAGUUUGCAUCUUUCAGCAUAAAACCUCAAUAAUCAUCACAAGAAAAAGACAGCUGUCACAUUUUGUAACAUCUGUAACAUAACUACAAGAAUAUUAAUGUUGACAGUAAAUAUAUUAGGGGAUUGUUUGGUGUAUGUAAAAUUAAGUAAGAAAUGAAAGUAUUGAUUGAAUAACAUUUAAAUUAAAUGACUUGGCAAAGAAUAUGCCCUUCAAAUAGUAGGGAAAUUACACGGUUGUGAGGUUGAUACUCCUUUGAAAUACAUAGAGGUUCUUAUUCCUGUGACAUUAUGUAUGAUCAGUGUCUAAUGAGAUGAUCUUGCUCUCAACCAUUAAAUCUUAUCAUAGGACAGUUUACCAGGACUGUAUUUGUGAGCUGUUGACUACAGUAUAGAUGCCAAAACCGCAGUGGGCAAAACAGUAAUUUUAUUCAGCGUCAUCCAGCACUGUCCCUUUUUACGACAUGACUGUUUUUAUAUUUUCUGAAUGCAUAUUCUUCAGAAUAGAAGCAUGAAAUUGGAUGGAAACGUAGUUGCUGACAGAAAGGAAAUUAUCUUCAAGUGUAGCUGGGAUUCAAAUCUAGGUUAUAUCUCAAUCCUAGACAUCUGUUUUUUCUCGAUCUGCUAAAUCUGUUAAUGUUCAAAUGUGUUAAUGUUGGCUUUUCUUAUCAUUAAAGGGAUGUUUGGGGAUUUUGUAAAUCAGGCUCUUUAUCCACCUCCUUAGCAUGAGGUGAACUUGUGGUUACAAUUAGGUGUAAUGUGAAGGAAGUUACUAUCUAGCAUUUGCACAUUUGCUAACUAGCAUUAUUGCAAUGACUGGAAAUUAUUUUACUAAAGACUUCCAGGCGUGUGCCAAUGAACAUUUUCUUAUAAAACUACCUCUAAAUGUCUUCAUUCUGCACAUACAUAUGAAUGGUCUCCAAGGACUUCAUUACCAGAAUUAUGUACAAUCCCUUUGAAGCUCGAACUGCUACAUCCUUUCAUCCAUUUAAUUUUGAAAAACAUUAAUGUAUAGCCGCAUAAGCCAUACGCUUAGUUCAAAUGUCAUACCCAAGCCAAACCCUGGAAUUAGUUUGUUUUAUUCUUUUGUUAAUAUCAUUAAUGUCCCUAUAGCCCUAGCACUUUCUAUGCAUUUUGGAGUACAAAUACUACCCCAGGCCCUCUCCCAGAUUUGUUACUUUUAUUUAAUUUUUACAAAACAGGUAUCCACUUUCCAGGGAUUAUAGCUUUAAUACCUAAAAUGUUUUCAUUGUGCUUCAAAGUGUCUGUGCAGUUUGUCCUCAUGUUCCAAUUCAGAAGCACACAUGCUCCUUCUAAAUUAAAUGUAAAUGGUAAAUGUAAAACCAUGCCCUGGGCAAGACUGCUAUCUAGUGUACGUGACUGCUGUGAUGGCAGACCGCCCCAGGACCACUGGCUUGGAGCGGCUGCGGUAGCCUGGUCCCAGAUCAGCUUGUGCUGUCCAGCCAACUGUUUUUGUUAUGUGUGACAAUGGCUAAAGGACAAUGGCAUAGGAGAUGGCUGUACGGGGUUAAUCAGCAUCAGGACCAAUGAAGGACUUAAACCUCAGGCCAGUGGGUCAACAACACAGGCAUUCACACAUUGGCCUUGGAACACACAGAGACAGGGGACCACAAGUAGAGUGUUUUGAGUUUCUUUUGUGUUUCCUGCAUUAAGCGAUUAGUUCAGCACGUAACGUAAGUGCAUUGUCUUGAAAAUGCUGUUUUCUUAAUGUUUUUUUUUUUU